GUGGGGCCUGGCUGUGAACACAGAGGGAGGCAGACUGUGGUCACUGACCGGAGACUCUGCUGCUUUUAUUCCGCUCAAAUCAGACCGCAUGUCUGACCCAGGGGUCCGCCUGCUGCCGGGAGCAAACUGCAUUCAUUCCCCCGAUAUUUGACAGAUGGAUGCUGUCCUGUGAAGGGAAGAGGAUGAAAAAAUCGCCUGAUGUAUUUGUUGGCUCCUUCGCUCAUAGCCUAUGUAUCGGAGGCAGCGACGGCUUGGCCCUUUCUUUAUUAUAGGAAUGAGAUCUCCGCGGUUAGCUAUGUGAAGAGCAGAUCGCCCAAUCAUUUUCAUUUCGCGAUCCUGAGGAAUAAUUAUGAACAACGCGCAAGAUAUGUCGCCCGAUUUCGUGUUGAUGCGCCUGGUUUCCGCGGCCGAGGAUGACCGCUUGGACGCAGAAAACGGGAAUCUGCCGCCGGGUGGAGUGGUGGCAGGGUUGGGGAAGGAGGUCCUGGCUCACAGUGGCGUCAAAGCGGGGUUGGAUAUAAGCCGAGAUUCGACGGCGGGCCUCGAGCAUCCUAGCACCCACCUGAACAAAGCCCAGCCGAGCGGGGAGGGCACGGCUGCACUUGACACAAGGGGGACGGAAAGCCGAGACCCUCUGUCCGCGACUCCUCCGCCGCAGAGCCCCAUGGAGGCCCAGGGCUUUGACUUCGCCCCGAGCCCCGGCCUACGGCCUCAGCUGCUCGUCUUCUCUAACAUAAUGCGGAACGGAGAGGGGAUUUUAGAAUUAGAUCGUCUGAAUCAGAGCAGGGAUGCGCUGGGUUUGGAGCAGAGCGCGGGGACCGUCUGCUCCGGCCCGACCGUCAACAACAACACCCUGAGUCCCAGAGACGUCCAGCAGAACCUGCUGGACCGGACAUGGGGGGCUCAUUCACCAGUGUCUCUAACCGGGGACAUGCAGGGAGCAGCGGAGCUGUGCCGACGGCAUCGACUCAUCACUACCCCGCCCGACUGGCCCUUGUUGUCGGAGAGGUCCAACCCUCUCACCGUGAUGGAAUCUAAGUGGGGAUGCGCAGCCAGGGACCGAGAGGGAGCCGUGUUCGAGCUGGCACGGCGAUUCGGGGAACUGGGGGUCGGUGCGGUCCCAAAGAUGCUGCUCAAAGCAGGCGAACUCCCGCAGUGCUCGUGUCAGGGGGCACACAGGCCCGGAGCAGGGGGGCAGCCCGGGGAUGACCCCACAGAGACCAGCGAUGCUCUGUUGGUCCUGGAGGGGCUGGGGAGCGGGGAUGUUGCCGGCAUGGGCAUGGACGAGUGUCCGGAGGCAGAGACAGACGAUGACAACGGACGCAGGGAGUUUUUACUAAACAGGAAAAGGGAAAUAGUUCAGAAAAUGUCCGGGACUUUCUCCAUCAGCAGCUUCCAGGCGGAGCUGAGGCGGCAGGUGGAGGUGAUGGCCCCGGUGGCGGUAGAAGGCGCGCAGGUGUGCAGCCUCCACGGGAACUCAUCCAGCCAUCUGUCACAGGUAAGUACCGGGGAUGCUGAGGUCGUCAGCCAGGACUCAGCCAUGUCAUCCGCACCCACACCGGCCCAGAGCACACCUGGGGCAAACACACCGACGCUGAGCCAAGCGUCGACGCCCAGGAGGCGGCCGGAGCGGUGCGCCAGCGCGCCACGGACUCCCACAGGCAGAGCCUCCUGUGGGGAUAAAUCUCUUAAAGUUCCAGGAAAGUCCAAAAAGGGUUUAAAGAUUCGCUUGAGUAAACUGUUCCGAACUAAAAGCUGCAGCGGCUCCAAUCACCUGCUGGACAAGAGGCCCUCAGUGACUUACUCAGUGUCGUCUGCCGGGAGUCUUAUGGACAUGGCGAGCAGCACGGGAGCUGAGAAGGAUGCAGACAGCCACAGCCAGCCCAGACUGACCAGGGCCCACAGUGCCUUCUCCCCUGCAUCCCUCUCUGCCUCCCUCUCUGCUUUCACGGGUGAGACUGUUUCCCUGGUGGAUGUGGAUAUUUCACGGAGAGGUGCAAACACGCCACACCCUCCCACGCCUCCCCCUCCUCCACGCCGAAGUCUCAGCUUGUUAGAUGACAUAGCCGGGCCUCAGCCUGGGCCUUUCCUAGUGAGUGUUAUGGGUGCCUCCCUGCAGUCCCUUCCCCUGCCUCUCCCUCCUCCUCCUCCUCCCUCCCACGCCACCAUCCAACACAGUCUCAGCCUCAAUGACGCCUUCCUACGGGCCCUCCCACAUUCAAGCUCAACAACUGCUGAUGCUCCACCCCCUUCCAGACAAGCCCCACCCCCUAUGCUGUGUGCACUGAGGAGGUCUGAAGCAAGCAACUUUACCGCCAGUCUGAGAGAGCUGGAGAAGUGUGGCUGGUACUGGGGUCCAAUGAACUGGGAGGACGCAGAGAUGAAGCUGAAGGGGAAACCAGACGGAUCGUUCCUGGUCAGAGACAGUUCAGACCCCAGAUAUAUCCUGAGCCUCAGCUUCAGGUCACAGGGAGUAACACACCACACACGCAUGGAGCAUUACAGAGGGACGUUCAGCUUGUGGUGUCACCCGAAGUUUGAGGACCGCUGCCACUCGGUGGUGGAGUUCAUCGAGCGAGCCAUCAUGCACUCCAAGAACGGCAAAUUCCUUUACUUCCUCCGCUCCCGAGUCCCAGGGCUUCCUCCCACCCCGGUUCAGCUGCUCUAUCCUGUAUCUCGCUUCAGUAAUGUGAAGUCUCUACAGCAUCUCUGUCGAUUCUGCAUCCGACAAAUAGUCCGCAUCGACCACAUCCAGGAGCUUCCACUGCCCAGACCACUUAUAUCCUACCUGAGUAAGUUUUAUUACUACGACCCCGAGGAGGAGAUGUACCUGUCAAUCAAGACCAUCAGGAGGGUGAUGGGAGCAGAUCGUGAGGCAGAGUCACAGACGUAGCAGCAGAGAUCUUCUGAGCUCAAGUUUCUGUUAUGAGGACUGAUCUAUUAUGGUCUGAAGCAUCAUCCAAUCAGAGUAUCUGAAAAUCUGAUGUGUCAAGAAGGACUUGGAUGGACCGGCCUCUCUCUUCAAAUGGACUAAACUAAAGGAGGGACAAGUGUUUGCUGUGGGACAGUGAGAUACCUGUCAUUGCGUUCAGGGGACGUUGCCUUGUCUUCAGAGGGACUGCAGAGAUGUUCUCUCGUCUGAAAAACACGUUUGUUUCUGAACAAAAAGAGAGCAGCAAUUAUGAACUAGAUUUGCAGAUUUUCUGAACCUGCUGAACUGGACUUUUAAAACACAAUGCACUGGUCAAUUUGUACAACUGUUGUUUGCUGCCGUUUCCUUGUUUUUCCUUAAUUCCAUUCUGUCAAAAUGAGGGUUUUGGAUUAAAAGUUCCCCUUUGGCUAGAUAUACACACAGAGGCAGGGUAACAGACGCAGGGUAGCAGAGGCACGUCCGCGAGCUUUCAGAGAGAGGUGUUGACAAAACCACAAUGUUAGCUGCAGGGCUAAAGUAAUGCUAAUGCUAAUCAGACAUAUCUGACCUAAAAUAACUUUGACAUUGAAUUUAAAAUCCUAUUUUACCAUACGUGCUUGUAAUGCAACCAGACUAAUGAAACAUGCUCAGCUUUUUCUAUAUACUUGUUUGGUUCCUGAAGCAUACCCCUCUCAAGCUGUGAAUGUUUUAGCCUUAUAAACAAACUCAAAUGUGUAUUUGGUUUCAAUUAUUUGGUCUAACAUUUUGUUAGCAGAUUUGUGUUUUGUAAUUUGUUGUACUUCAACCAAUCAGCAGUUAGCGUGAAGGUUUCUGUACCAGUUGCUUGUAAGUUUACCUAAUUAUGGUCUCAUGCCAAGAGAGGGAGACUUAAUUUAGCUAUACAAUUUAACUAAAGAACAGCCUGAACAACUGUGUCAGUCACACAAAGUUUUAAUAUAUUUUUUUCUUUUUAUAACUUUUAUGGAUGUGGGAGACUUUCCUCGAUGAGAAUAAGGACCACACACACCUGUGUCUAAGAUAAGGUUUGUUUUUAAGGGUUUCAAAUCAUAUUCUAGCUGGUCAGCAGCUGGCUUGUUUACACUGGACUGUGUCCAUGAUGCACAUCAGCUGCACCAGAUACUUAUAGCACAACAUUCCUGAAGCUGCAUUGCAUUCUGGUCCAUUAAGGCUCAGUUGGUGGAUUAUUUAGAAUCAGUUGAUCUUAUAUGCUAUUAGAGAGUAUUAGGGCAACAUAUUAAAAGAGAAAGGAAGAGUUUUGGAAGACUAGUUCAAGACACAAGUCAAACACUCAGAAUAAGCCAUGUAAAAGAAAAAAAAGAAACAGUGAAGGACUUUCUCCUCUACAUUUGAAAUAUUUCUAAAUAGAAAAUAAAAAUUAAGAUUAAGCUUGGCCCUGUCAGUCUUCUAUAUGACACAACAUAUAGCUGCUGUUUACCAUUGGAAAUGUAUACACAUUAAAAGGGAAACAUACACCAAGGGAAAAAUAAAUCUUCAGAUUGCAAUUAACAACACAAACAACAUCAUGCUUCUUUAUUCCACUGGUUCCGUGGAUUUAAAGGUAACACAGCGCAAAAAGGAAGCUGCGUUGCUUCUCUUAGAAGUUAUUUUUGUGACUUGACAAAAUGUUUUCGCAGAAGUUUCUUCAUCAGGAAUGUGUCUCCAUGUCUGACCUACUUGUGCUGAGGGCCGGCAAAUACAAAUAAAACCUUGAACAUUAGAGAGUUUGGACAAAAGUUUUCUAGAGUUUGCAUCAGCAACAACAUUUUUGUAUUCAUUUGGUGACUAUUCUUUGACAGUUUAUGAGCUGGGUUAUUAUAUAAUUCCCAGAUGCCUAAUUUUCCCACAAUGCCCUGCCUCAAAGUGCGUAUAUCUGCCAUGAAGUCUCUCUACCUGUCCGUUUUAUUUGUUGAAAUGCCCUGGUGUAUUUUGCUCAUUCUAUUUCUCAGUGCCCUGACGCUGGCUACUGGCUCAACAUUUUCAGUAAAAAAUAAGAAAAAAAUAAACAUUUGUGUGGCAUC